UCAAGGGUCCCGCGAGAGCAAACUUCGUGCCGAUCGGGACCCUUGGGUUUCCUAAGAGAGGAGGCGAAAAAUGUGCGUUCUGGAAAUCAAAUUUUGGAAUGCGACCUCCCCAGAACCCCACAAGAGUGGAUUCACCAAAAGUUUUCAGUGCCAUCUCGUUACCUCACUCUCAUCGUUGAAUUUUGAUCAAUCGAAAGAAAGAAUAAUUGUACACCAUGGUCUCGAAUGCAAAGGCUCUCGUCGGGCUUUUGACUCUGGCGGCCACGUUCGAAGGGGCCUUUCCGCAGACCUUUGGAGAUGGACCUUCGCUGAGCCGCAUUGUAGGGGGCAAGGAUGCUGAUCCAGAAAAAUACCCUUUCUAUGUAUCACUUGAGCAAGGUUGUGCAGGCGCUCUGGUUGCUCCUGAUGUUGUUGUAUCAUCCUCACAUUGUGUGGCAGAUGGCCACGGUAUCAACAUGAAUGUGACUGUAAAAGCCUAUGAAUCCAAUUUCAGUGAAACUCGAAGCAUUGUCGGUCUUUCGCGUCAUCCACAGUACCUUGAGAACAGUUUGGGAUAUGACGUUGCCAUUUUAUUGUUGAAUGACAUAGUGGAAGGCGCUGUUCCAGUUGAAAUAAACGUCAAUGGCUCCCUUCCAAUCGCUGGAGACAACUUGACCGUCAUUGGGUUUCCAUCAAUCACAAUAACAACAAUUGGUGCCGACGACAAUGAGACCUUUGUACAAGAGUAUGAGGUCUUGCAAGAAGGAAAACUUGUAGCAUAUGCAGACAGCGCAUGCGUGGAUGCUUAUGGUGACAUCUGGCAAGGAAAUCAAACAAUGCUUUGUGCUGGAAAUGAAGAAGGAGGAAGCGUUCACAACUGUGCUGAUGACAGAGGAGGACCUCUCUUGGACGAAGACAACAUGAUGGUGGGCAUUGUAUCACUUGGAAGCACUUGUGGAAAAAAGGAUUCGCCAGGAAUUUAUAUGCGGGCAUCUGCCUUUAGCGAAUGGAUUGACUACCAGGUCUGCACGAUGUCAUCAGUUCCACCGUCAUAUUGUGAUGCUCUCUUGGAGUAUUACUUCCCCCCAAACUCCAAUUCAAAUAAUUCCAUUGUGGUUUCACUUCCGCCAAGUCCACCAGAGAAUAGCACCAAUGUGAACAACACCAUACUGGUUACUGUUCCCGAUUCGCCACCGGAAGACCCUGUGCCAGGCGAACCUGCUGUUGAAAUUGAUGUCAAUGAGGGUGUGGACGUUGAUGCUGUACCAGCAGAACCAGCAGAACCAGCUACUGGAUCUGAUGCCAGUGCCGGUGUGGAUGUUGGUGAUGUACCACGUGAACCUCCGGCUGAAUCUGAUGCCAGUGCAGGUGCGGAUGUUGAUGCUGUACCAGCUGAACCUGCUGCUGGAUCUGAUGCCAGUGCGGGUGCGAAUGUUGAAGCUGGCAUGGAUGGCAAUCCUGAAGCAGAUAAUACGGGUUCCUCUGGUCCAGAUUGGGGCUCAACUGGAGGUGUCACAGUUACCAUUGGCGGCACUUACGCUGCACCAUCCGCAACCCCACCUCCAGCACUCCCACAGGAACAGGCAGUUUCCUUGAAAUUGGAGAUUCACUAUGACGCCUAUGGAAUUGAGAACGCAUGGACUCUUCGAAACAUGGAUGUUGACGAGAUCAUUGACGAGAAGAAAUACUAUACGGUUGCACCUGCUGGUUUGUCCUCUACAGUCUACAAGAAUCUUCUUGCUGGAAACUACACUUUCACUAUUCAAGAUUAUGCAAAUGAUGGCAUCUGCUGUAACUUUGGUGAAGGUUUUGUACGACUCACACAGGUCUACGAUGAUGAUGUUGUGGAUAUUGAUAACAAAGAAAUUUGGCACCUGAAGGGCAACUUUGAGGCGCAAGCUGCUGUGGAAUUCCAACUGUAUCCCUACACUGCACUGCCGGAAACAGCUGUUGACGUGACAAAGACACCCUAGUAGGACGAACAACCUACCUAGCCCGCAGAUUUUGGGAUACCUCCACUAAAAAUUUCAUAAGACGUAUUUUGUAGUACGGUCUACAUGCCUAGAGUAGAGAAAUAAAUGUAAUGAACACGACCAUCCAACAAGAUUGGUGCCGCCAAAAAUUACUUGAG